GCCAGUUGCGGUAGGAGCAACACUUGCUACAGCUGUUGCCUGUAUUCUUCUUAUCAUCAAAGUUGCUUUAGAUGAGGGAACAUACGACCCCAUACUACACUCAAAGACAGAGUUCGAGCCAUUUUUUAUGGCGUUUGGGACAAUUGUGUUUGCCUUUGGAGGCCACCCUGCCUUCCCAACCUUCCAGACAGACAUGAAGAAACCCAGUGACUUUAAGUGGGCGGUGACACUAGGAUAUAUAAUUGUGAUGUUGAUGUACCUUCCUAUAUCCACCAUUGCGUACUUUGUCUACGGCAAGAAUGUCAGUUCGAACAUUCUCCUAAUGCCUAAUGGCGGGAGCCUUAAUCAGGUCGUGGAGGUCAUGAUCACGCUUCACUUACUUCUCGGUCUGUUGAUUGUUAUCAACCCUUUCUGUCAGGAGCUAGAGUCAUACGCCAGGGUUCCUAAAAAUUUUACGUGGAAGCGAUGUGUAUUUAGAUCAGUGGUCGUAGCCUUCAUACUUUUCAUGGCGGAAACGAUCCCCACAUUUGGCGCCAUUUUAUCCUUAGUGGGCGGAUCCACAGUGACGUUGUUAGCCUAUAUCUGUCCUUCACUGUUCUAUCUCAAACUUAAGUCUGUUCGUCAGGAGGACAUGGUGGAAAUCAUAAAUGGAAACAAGGCUGAUAGUCUUAGUCUACCAGAGGAAGAAAGGUAUAAGGGCGUUAUACAGUAAACGCUAGAUAUAAGGACACCUGUUGUUCCGA